AUGGAAAAACAAAUCAACAUAGAGAGUAGUGCUACUCAUCAUCAAGCCAACAAUGCUUCCGUUACAACCCCAACCGUCCCCGCCGCGACGUCUUCGUCGGAAUCUUGGACGUCUUCCUCCAAAAGACCGUUAGUGCAAGACAGCGAAGCCGACGGUAAACGGAGGAAGAGCAACGACGGCGAUGAUAGUAAGAAUCCAACGACGUAUAGAGGAGUGAGGAUGAGGAGUUGGGGGAAAUGGGUGUCGGAGAUAAGAGAGCCGAGGAAGAAAUCAAGAAUAUGGCUUGGGACUUAUCCAACGGCUGAGAUGGCUGCUCGAGCUCAUGACGUGGCGGCUUUAGCAAUCAAAGGCAAUUCCUGUUAUCUCAAUUUCCCUGAGUUAUCCGGUUUGCUUCCUCGUCCGGUUAGCUGCUCUCCCAAAGAUAUUCAAGUCGCAGCUGCAAAAGCCGCAGAAGCCACGUGGGAAGAACAACCGGUUAUCGAUCAUGAGAAAUUAGCCGAACCGGAAUCAGAUGAGCUAAGCCAUUCCGAGUUGUCCACGGCUCAGUCCUCGGCUUCGAGCGGUUUAGGGUUUUCUAAUUCUUCGGAUACGUCGGAAACUUCAAGUAGGGACAAGGAAAGCAACGAAGAGACCUUGUUUGAUUUGCCGGAUCUUUUCACGGACGUUCUGAUGAACCAAAACGUUGCGUUUGGUAACUACGACAACACUUCUACGUGGCAGGUUUACGGAGAUGAUGUGUGGUUUCGGUUUGAAGAACCGUUCACUUGGCGGAACGAAUAA